AUGACCGACAAUUAUAACAUUGCGCGGCUGAUCCCAAAGGCCCCAUUCCCUGGACUUAAUGAUCUGAAGACGCAGGUGUGCCGGACGAUUCCGCCGCCGGAAGCCGGGCUUGUUCAGGGGAUUGGGUGCCGAGUGCCGGUGCUGGCCUCGCCGGAGUGCGGCCUUCGCCGAUUCGCGGUCGGGCUUCUUUCGCCCGGGGCCAGACCCCGCCCCCCUUCUCGCUCGUGA